CUCGAAAGAGUGCUUCCCUGUUCCCGAAAAAUAAGAGCUAGUCAGAAGAGCAGAGUAACGACGAGAUGGCUAUGAGGAUCUUUGUGAAAAUAUGCUGCGGAAACACUGCAACGGAGCCCCAAACCUAUGCGAUUUCGUGCAAUCCCACAGCAAGUAUCGAGUCCUUGAAAUCUCAAGCCUUUGCUAGGUGGCUCGAAAAUAGCAGCGAAAACUCAGAAAGAAAUUCUGAUCAAUUCCGGCUAUGGUUGUCGGGAACUCCAGCACUCUUGUCCGAUAAGGAUAAAAUUCAGAACGUGCUGCGAGAAGGAGAUUUUGUGAUUUUGUGUCCUAAAGAUGUUCCACAGACGGAAUCAGACGUAUGUUACAAUGGUGGGCUGCCCACCUAUGGACCGUAUCCUUGACUAAUUGCCACUAUCAACGUGUAGUUGGAAUAGCUAUCCGCUAUAGCUAUCUAAGUAGUUGGCCCAUAGACCA